AUUUGUUAAUUAUGGCCAUAAAUUGUCAGAGAAUUCUCGAAAAUUUCCAACGUGUGACUGUAAUAUUGUCAAAUAUUUUCCUUAUAUUAUAUGUGAAUUGGUAACAGCAUACACAUGACCGUACAGUUAUGCUCCAACUUAUUUCGUUACAGUUGCAAUAACUUAGCAAGAGAGAUUAGACAUUAAUCAGAGAUAAGGAUGGUGACAGAAGCAGCAGCAUGGGCACCUGCCAUGGCUCCUACGGCUUCUUCUCCACAAGACCAAGACGGGAUUCGCUUCUUGCUCGACAGGCACUACGCCUUGCAUGGAGAGGUCAUGAUGGUGGUUGUGAUUCUUCUGUUUGCUGCCUUCAUUUUCUGCCUUCUCGUGUUUCCCUGUCUCCGGCGAGCGAAGAAUCGUCAUCUGCGAUCUUCACUCGAUGAAGACUCCGACGUCGUUGGGAAGCCGAGUAGUUGUUUUUCAUCAUGGUUUAUGAAAAGGAGGACAGAUGGAGAUGGUGCAAGCUCAACAGAGUUGUCAUUGAGGAGACAUAAAAAAACCACCAGCACAACUGUCAGUCGCAAUAACUUAGCAAGAGAGACUAGAAGUUCAGAGAUGAGGAUGGUGACAGAAGCAGCAGCAUGGGCACCUGCCAUGGCUCCUACGGCUUCUUCCCCACAAGACCAAGACGGGAUUCGCUACUUGCUCGACAGGCACUACGCCUUGCAUGGAGAGGUCAUGAUGGUGGUUGUGAUUCUUCUGUUUGCUGCCUUCAUUUUCUGCCUUCUCGUGUUUCCCCGUCUCCGGCAAGCAAAGAAUCGUCAUCUGCGAUCUUCACUCGAUGAAGACUCCGAUGUCGUUGGGAAGCCGAGUAGUUGUUUUUCAUCAUGGUUUAUGAGAAGGAGGACAGAUGGAGAUGGUGCAAGCUCAACAGAGUUGCCAUUGAGGAGGUAUAUUAGCAGUGAAGUUACAAGAAACACUAGUUCAUAACAUUUGCGAUUUCAACGCACCUUUAUUUUCCCUCUUGCACGCUCUUGUUUUGGAUUGAAUGUAUUGAACCACAAUAAACGGACAGAAAUAAACAAAAACUUGCAGAAGGAGAAAAAUGGCGUGUGAAUAUCAUAGGGAAAUUUGCAUGGGAGAUUGAGCGUCUGGGCUUUGUAUGGCUAUAACAUGUAAUCUGGGAUGCGGUUGUAAUGAGAGCCUUCCAUAUCGGUAUUACUGUUAAAUGUCUUUUUCAUCCCUACAGCUAGUCUAAAUUAGGCUUAUAUUUCUGUGUAUUUACAUGGUUUGAAUUGUCAAUCACACACCUAAUAUGUUUCUAUUUU